CAUCAUUUGUUUGGCAUCCGAAGUCACUUAAUUUGUUCCCAAACAAGGAAUUUUAUAUAGUAUGUAUUAAAUUCAAGGAAAUAAAGUAUUUAGUCUCGAAAUGAGAGUAAAAAUAAAUGUAGUUGUAGAAAGACAGGUACAAUAUGGUAACUUGCAAAUCAUUUUUUACCACAUGUUAAUGAAAUGAAAACUCAGGCGUUCUUAUCUUAUAAGUGGGAACUACUACUUAUAUUAUUAAUGCACAUGUAUACGAUACUUAUUAAUAUUGCGAACGAGUUUCAAUGUUUAAAGUAGGGAAUAGAAUUUUAUCAUCGAGUUUCUGCUUUAUCAAAUUUCUAAUUCAUAAGAAUGUAAUUUUAGCUCGUUCGUUAUAGAAAUAUUCUUUUUUCUUAAAACUGCUUUGAGCUGUUAGUUGAUUUUUUAUUACAGUAAUAUCGUAUAUGUGUACAUAGGUUCUUCGAAUAAUAUCGUACUUGCGCAUAUUGAUCAGUUGCCAACAGCAUGCAAUUGACAAGGAGUAAUAUUGUCGAUAGAGUAAAGAAAAAUAUGGUGUUAUAAAAUCUUUUAAAAUGGAUGAGUUAUCUAAAUAUAAUUGUGUCAUCAUAAAUAAACGAUGAGCAAAAUAUGAUUGCCUCGGUCAUAGUUGUAGGUUAGAUUCAAUCUAAAGUUAUGAUGAAAGGGAAAGAAGUAUAUACACGUACGUAUGUACAGUUUGUGUCGUAAAAAGUGGGGGUGUCAGUGGUGGAGUUGCAAUGCAGUGAUUCGGGAUUUUCGUUCAAAAUUUCUGUUAGUUUCAUUGAAAAAGAGGAAAAGGAAGAGUUUGGACGUCGAGGAAAUCGGGAGAACGCUUAGGCAGUCAUGCGGUCCUGAAUUUUCUAAGAUACAAGUGCUGACAAUAAGAUAUGACAUCGGCGGACGAACUAAAUACGAGAGAAUUUACUCCACCCGAUGCAUCAGUUUUUGCUACCGAUCAUACCAUUUUUUUAACACGUUUUAAUACGAUACCUUGGCUCGUCACGAGAAUUUCGACGGUCGGAAUGUAUCUCAAGUGACCACGUCUCGCCGAAGGUGCAACAACUGCGUGACGUUACGCAAAACGAGAUACUCUGUCGAAAUUACAACUCUUCCAUUUGACUUUUCUGCUGGCAUUAUCGGAUAAAAUCAUGUAUAAUGGACGGGCAACAGCUUCGUCCAGUAAUGAAAAAUGUUUUCAAGCAAAACGAUCGAGUGGCACGAUGUAAAGAAAGAAGGAGCACGGAAUACUUGUCAAAUUUUCAUGUAUUAACAAUGUAGUGCUCUUUAAAUAAACUGCCCUUAACAAGUUGCAGACUAAAAUAUGUGAUAAGAAUCGGAGAAUGUUUCAAAAAUUUUGUAUACACGUAUUCACGAUGGGAAAUUAUAUUUUUGAAAGUGGUACUUGGUUGCAUAGUAAUGGUUCGACAUGCCGGUUUAAAUGUACUUAAGAGAUCUUUUGUCUUCAUAUUGCUGACAAAUGUAAAAAGAGAGGAUCAAGUGAAAGAGAAGGGAAGUGUUUCGUUUCGAUAGAAGAGAGAAUUGAAAUUUGACUAAGAAUAAGAGGCAUCGAUUACGAAGAGUAUUUGUAACAUUGUUUGGAGAAAGAAAUCAAACUCUGACACUUAACCAUGUUAUUGAUUAAUUUUUCAAUCAAACUACUUAUACAGUAUUAUUAAUAUCAAUGCACAAUACUUUCUGUAAUAAUAAAUUCGUACUUUGUAUCUUUUGUUAACGAAAAUGGCACAAAUUAUAAGGAAACUGAAAUUAAUAUUAUAGAAAUGAGAAAGAAGCUUGUUGCAAUUGAUGAUUCAAUUGUUUUAUACGUACAUGACUAUGAAUAAUGCAUAUAUAAAUUAUAGAGAUGUCAAAAGAGUGUAUCUUAUAACUAGAGAGAAUGAUAUAUGUGAUACAAUAAUAAGAUACAUAUACAUAUACAGACUUAAAGACUAAUGUAUAUAUAAAAAUAUGUACAAGCAUCUGAAAACGUAUUCCUAAGUGCAACAAAAUAAAGCUUGAACUGAAGUUAAUGCAUAGACGUACUUAAAUAAAAGAAUACAGUAAGACUAGUCCUAUUAAUGACGAUUAGAUCGAAUAAUUGAAAAUGCUAAGUUGAAGUUAUUCAUUACAGUAUUAUAUGGAUCUGAACACAACUGAUAAAUGAAAAAUUAGUAGGAUCAUAAAUAAUGGAAAGAAAUAUAUAUAAUAGCACUUCUUAGGGGUCAUGCCCCCUGGGGCAACAAGCGGAGCAGAGGGCUUGGGCCCUUCCUGUUCUGAAAUUCACAACAGCCAAGAACAUGCUAUUGCUAAACUCACACCUCCUCUUACAUUUGCUCAGCAAUGCUACAGACACCUUAAGAGUUCCGGUAUUGGAGAGGCAAGUGUGUACCAUGCUUUGGUUGUAAUAUUUUUGGAAUUUUUUGCAUGGGGUUUAUUAACCAUGCCUGUUAUCACUGUAUUAAAUAUCACAUUUCCAAAUCAUACGUUCCUGAUGAAUGGUUUGAUAAUGGGCAUUAAAGGAAUCUUGUCGUUUCUUUCUGCGCCACUGAUUGGUGCCCUGUCUGAUGUCUGGGGCCGAAAAUUCUUUCUUCUCAUCACGGUAGCCUUCACAUCUGCCCCGAUUCCUCUAAUGAGCAUUAACACAUGGUGGUUCUUUGCUAUGAUCUCCAUCAGCGGUGUCUUUGCUUGCACAUUUUCAGUGGUGUUUGCAUACGUUGCUGAUGUGACAGAGGAACACCAAAGGUCGCCAGCAUACGGUAUGGUAUCGGCAACGUUUGCUGCAAGUAUGGUAAUAAGUCCGGCAUUGGGAGAUCAUAUUAUGAAAGUGUAUGGAGAAAAUCUUGUGGUUGCGCUGGCAACCUCUAUCGCAGUGCUGGAUGUGUUUUUUAUAUUAGUGGCUGUACCUGAAAGUUUACCUGAGAAAGCUCGUCCACCAGCACCUAUAUCUUGGGAGCAGGCAGAUCCGUUUGCUUAUCUUGGAAGGGUUGGCAAAGAUCACACUAUUUUAAUGUUGUGCAUCACUGUGUUCCUGAGCUAUCUUCCUGAAGCGGGGCAAUAUAGUUGUAUAUUUGUCUAUUUGACGAAGGUCAUGGGAUUCACUACUUUGAUGGUAGCAAUUUUUAUUGCCGUCGUGGGAGUUCUAAGCGUCGGAGCACAGAGUCGACUGGGUCCUUUGAUAAGGGCACUCGGCAGUAAACAUACUAUAAUGUUAGGCCUCUUAUUCGAGAUGUUACAACUCAUGUGGUUUGGCUUUGGAUCACAGACGUGGAUGAUGUGGGCAGCUGGAGUACUCGCUGCUGUGUCAAGUAUCACAUAUCCUGCAAUUUCUGCGUUCAUAUCUAUGCACUCUGACGCUGAUAAGCAGGGUUUGGUACAAGGCAUGGUAACCGGUAUGCGUGGAUUAUGUAACGGUCUUGGGCCAGCAAUGUUCGGAGUAAUCUUCUAUCUGUUUCGUGUCGAUCUCAACGACAACACUCCUCUUCCCGCAAGGCCAUCAUCCUUAGAUGAAAAUAACAAGACAGGAACUGCCACGCAACAUCCUGAUAUUAUACCACAAAUAGUGACCCAGCUCGUACCCGGACCACCAUUUGUGUUUGGUGCAUUACUUGUGAUAUGUGCAUUACUCGUAGCUGCAUUUAUACCUGACUCAAACACAAUCCCAACAGGUCCAAUACAUCAUUCAUCCACCUCCCGGAGGCCCUCCGGUAAAUACGCAUAUCAGAAAUGUUUAUCCUUGGAUGUACAUUACGAGGGGGACAAAUUGGGAACUGGAAAAGGGAAGAUAGGACCGCUGUCACCUCUAGUCGACAAUUGCAACUCUGCUGCUCUAUAGUUAUUGUGAAAAUUGAGACAAGUUAUUGGAAAGAAGAGUGAAGCGAACGCCUGUCCAGUGACGAAACUCUGUAUUUAGAGAAAACGGUUACUAUCAAGUGCACCUACUUCGCAAGGACUUUUAAAAGAGAUGUCUAUAUUGUAUUAUAUUAUGUCUUUAAGUCAAUAUCUGAGGUUGAUCUUAGAAUUACUGAUCGACUUAACGUUUAGGUUCAAAAAACUUUUUACGAGCAGUGCUUGUUUCAAAUGACAUUCAGAUUGAACUGAACAUUAAGUUCGAUCUACGUAGGUGUUCCGUUAUAUAAAAUGUUAGAACUUGAUUUUUUUUUCACGGGAGAAACAUGUGAAAUUGUAAUACAAAUGGUACCAAAUUAUGAACCGGGUACUUUGAACUAUUUAUUAGUGACUCCUGGUUUGCUUGCCGACAUGUAAAACGGUAAAACAGAUGAAAGUUGUAACCAGUAUUUUUACUAGACUUGUGACAAAGAAAAUUAUGUUACGUAUUUUAGUGUAAAAUCCUCUUUCGUCAUGCACCACGCCCAUCGCUUAUAGGGUUAUAGAGGAGACAACAAUUAUUUCAAUUUUUAAUCAAGAUCACCAGUUAAUUUGAGCACUUGUAUCAGGUGAAUCUUCAAUUUAGGAUAUUUUCUAUCAUAUUUGUGAAUUGUUUUUUGCAAACAAGACUAUACGUAUUUCCGAAUGUAUUUUGUUUCACUUUUUUUAUGCAUUCCUUUGCUUCAAGCUUAUCUUUCAGUUAGCGAGGAAAAACCGAGUGCAAUAGACUUUGAAAUGAACGGAAAGAAUAUUGUAAAUGAUCUUUACAUAGCUGAAAUAGAGAAUAAGUUCACAGCAGCAUUCGAUACAUAAUAAGAGUUAGCUGACAUUUAUAAAAGUGCGUUAACUAUUUUUUUUUCAUAAAAUAUUUAUUUUAAUAUAAUUAAACAUCAACAGAAUGAAUUCAAGGGCCUUAACCAGAAAGAAGAAAUGAAAUUUAUAUGAAAUUGUGCGUGUACCUCACCGAACGAAAGGCAGUAGUAGUGGUUUCGGUCGUGAAUCUUGCAGAAAAUCAUUAAUUGAAUACCUUACCGGCGAACUCUCAACCGUUAACUUGUGCAUGUUAUAAAUUGGAAUCAUUGAUGUUGAGAAAAUACAAUAGUGUAGUAUA